GGACUCAGGUUAGGGGUAUAAAUAUGAAGUGUCUUUAAAGAAAAAUCAUUUUCAAUACGGCACGAUGCACCUUGUGCUUCUCUUGACUUGUAUUGGACUCAUUUCUGCCACUGCUCUACCCAGUCAGGCAGUGGACAAUGAGGUACAAAGUGAAAAGGUUGUAGGUGGGUCCAAUGCUCGGCCAAAUACAUGGAAAUGGCAGAUAUCUCUGCAGAAUGAUCACUGGAACACGGGUGACUUUGCGCACGUUUGCGGAGGCACCCUUGUUAGUUCAAAUUACGUGAUGACUGCAGCUCACUGUAUCCUCGAUUUGAACGUCAAGAAAUAUCGCGUGGUUUUGGGGGAAUAUGACCUCAGUAAGCGUGAAGGCCGUGAGCAGGUUUAUGCUGUGACGAGGAUUAAAAUUCAUCCUGGCUGGACUGAAGAUCUUGCAAACGGAAAUGAUAUUGCCCUGAUGAAGUUGGACUCUCCGGUGUAUGAUAAUGGGUUUGUAGCCAUUGCGGAGUUGCCUUAUCCUGGACAAAUUUUGCCCAACCGCUUUACUUGCUAUAUUACUGGAUGGGGACUUCUGGCCACUGGUGGUUAUAUGCCAGACGUCCUGCAGGAGGCACCUAUCGAUGUGGUGGAUUACACUGUGUGCUCCACUCCAGAAUGGUGGGGAAGUGCAGUCAAGAAAACCAUGGUGUGUGCUGGAGGAGAUGGUUUGACCUCCGGGUGCCAGGGUGACUCUGGUGGACCUCUAAACUGCUUCACUGAUGGCUAUUGGAUGGUUCAUGGUGUGGUCAGUUUUGGCUCUGCUGUAAACUGCAACCUUUACAGCAAACCAACAGUCUUCACUCGUGUGUCUGCCUUCAGUGACUGGCUGUAUUCUGAAAUGGUGUAAAGCACAACAUGUUUUGCAGCUAUUGAAUAAAAGACCAAGCAAUCUGUA